AAUGAAAGAUGAUCAAUUUUAAAUUGAUCCAGAUAUGUGCAUGGAAAUUUCCAAAGAUCUUCUAUUAACAUGAGUGCAGCUUUACUUAACUGGAGAUGACAAGGCACGGGUAUAACAAGAUCUCGCAAGACGACGAAAAGGCUCCGCAGAAGGUUGGCUUUGUUUCUUAUGUUCUCUACCAGUGGAUGAGCAGUGUCUUCAAAACAGGCAAACAACGAGCGUUGGAGCAAAGUGAUUUUUUACCUCUUUCAAAAGAAAAUCGUACGUCAUUCGUAACCGAAAAUCUUCAGGAGAACUGGAGGGAGGAAGAGAGAAAAUGCCAUGAAACUCCGCGAGGACGACCAAAGCUUUGGAAAAGCGUCACACUAACAAUCUCCUUUAGGGAAGUUAUGAUACUCAUUUGCAUGGGUAUUUUUCGCUCAUUCUUCCGUAUUCCCUCUCCUUUGCUCCUUGGAUAUCUAAUUUCAUCGCUGAUGUCUACGGAGCCACAGCAGAAAAUGUUUCUCUAUGGUUGUGCGCUGGCUCUGAGUAUCAGCUCUUUGAUGCAGAAAGUUUCAUCUCAAACGCUUAUGUACAGAUGUGAAUUAAUGGGAAUAACCCUGAGAAGUGCUCUGAAUGGUCUUAUAUAUCAUAAGACACUUUUACUCAGCAAAGACGCAUUAUUACAGUACACAACAGGUAAAGUGAUUGACCUGGUUUCAAACGAUGUUCAGCGUUUGGAAGGAGAGACAAUCAAGUGGAUCUUUUUUGGUUUCCUUACAUUAAUUGAGCUCCUCAUUGUUCCGUUUUUGAUGGUGUACUACAUUGGCUGGCAGUCUCUCAUGGGAGUACUCUUUUUGUAUCUUCUCCUUCCAUAUUUCGUCUUACUGUCCAAAGGGGGCGCGGUUCUGCGAUUGCAAACAGCAGCGGUCUCUGACCAACGCAUCUCUCUGAUGAAUCAGGUUGUCUCAGGGAUACGUGCUAUCAAAAUGUAUGCGUGGGAAGAUGAAUACCGGCAACAAAUCAAGAAACCACGAAGAGAUGAAAUUGCCAUUAUUCAAAAGAUGUGUGUUCUACGCGCAGGUGUUUUGGCUCUAAGAUUCACUUCUGUCAUCAUUGCAACACUGUUGUCAGUCAUUACCCUUGUGCUGACUGAAGAAACUCUGACACCAUUCAACGUUUUUGUGUUGAUUUCAUUUAACAACAUGCUCGCGAAAUGUAUCGGCACUUUCCUCGGGUUUGCCUUGUUAGAGGGAUACGAAGCUUACGCCUCGCUUGGCAGAAUUGAGGAAUUUCUCCUUUUGAAAAAUUUGCAAAUCAGUUCAAGUGAUCGUUCAAGCCGAAAAGAAACAGAGAUUGAAGCGAGGAACUCAUCUGAGAUAAAGAGGAGUUCAGUAGAUUGCCAGGAAAAUAUGGGAGGCUCUUCCACUUUGAAUGAAUCACAAGAUCAAACGGUAUUGCGUGUGAGAAGUUUGGCGUACAAGCAAAUGGAGCGACAAGACUCCUACAUUCUUCAAGAUAUCGAGUUUUGCACACCUGCAAGUAGUUUAACAGUCAUUACCGGGCCAGUUGGUAGUGGGAAAUCUACUCUUCUUUCUGUGAUCGCUGGUGAAGUUCCAUGCACACACGAAGAAUUAUCCUGCCGAGGAUCUUUAGCGUAUGUUCCGCAGACAGCUUGGGUAUUCUCUGGAACCAUACGAGCCAACAUUUUGUUUGGUUUGUCAUACGAUGAUUCAAAAUACACCAGAGUAAUUGAGGCCUGCGCUCUGACUGACGACUUCCAGCAGUUUCCUGAUACUGAUCAAACGCUUGUCGGCCAACGAGGUGUUGUUUUGAGCGGAGGUCAGCGGGCUAGGGUUAGUUUAGCACGCGCAGUGUACGCUAAUGCAGAUGUGUAUCUUUUGGACGACCCUCUGAGCGCCGUGGACUUCAAAGUUGGACGACACAUAUUUGAAAAGUGUAUCAAAGAACUAUUAAGCGAUAAAACUCGGAUGAUGACCUCUCAUCAAGAAGACCACAUGAAAGACGCUGAUGAAGUGAUUAUAUUGUGUAAGGGGCGUGUGCUGGAAAGAGGGAGUUUCCUGGAGCUGCAAGACAAAGGAAUCCUUAAUAAAACUAUUGACCCGCUCUAUAUGAAGAUUUCAAAAGACAAUACAGGUGAGAAGUUUGUCAGAGAGAACGAAAAUGAAAGUGUUGGAGCUGCUGCCUGCUUGGCUGAGAUGGAAUCUCCGUCGAAAGAAACCAGGAGUCUUAUGAUGCCACAAGAAGAUCGGGAAAUCGGUGCAAUCUCUUCCAAGCUUUACUGGGACUAUUUCAGAAGCGGAAUGUCAACUUGGAUGAUUUUGACGAUAAUCCUUUUCUCUUUAGUAGCCCAAGGGAUGUUGGUUGCUCCCGACGUGUGGCUCUCGUUCUUGACAAAGAAACUCCCUCAAGAUCAGAAAGAUCAAUCAAACUUAGUUAUCUAUGGAUGUCUUGCUGUUGUAUCCCUCAUGUUUAUAUUGACAAGAACAUAUGUAUUACUCUCCUGCUUCUUGCGAUGCUCUGAGCGUCUUCAUGACAAGAUGGUCGUUGCUACUUUACAAGCUCCUGUUUUAUUCUUUGAUUCGAAUUCCGUGGGAAGAAUCCUUAAUCGAUUUUCGAAAGAUAUCGGCUGGUUGGACGAGCAGUUACCAAGGAAAUUUCAACUGGCGAUUGACUCAACCUUAAAUGUGCUUGCAUCACUAAUUGUCCCAGCUGUUAUGAAUCCUUGGCUUAUUUUCAUACUUAUACCGUUGAUUUCGGUUGCAAUAUACCUGUCCACGUAUUAUUUGAAGACAUCCAGGGAACUUAAGAGGUUAGCGUCCAUAAGUCGUAGUCCAGUAUUCUCUCACAUUUCGGAGACCCUUGAUGGACUGGAGACGAUUCGGACCAGAGAGCGACAAAGUGAUUUUGUGGAUCAGUUUUACAGACAUCAUGAUGUUCUGAAUCAAGCAAACAUCUUGGUAAUGGCCGGUGGGAAAUGGAUCAGUGUGCGAUUUGAAAUUCUUACAUCCUUAUUUGUUGGUGCAGUGGCUUUUUCAGCUGUUAUUAUGUCUCAAGAUGCCGCUUUUGCUGGACUUGCCUUGGCUUACGUUGUUCAAAGACUUGCGCGGUCUCAUUACGCCAUCCGAACAACCUCAGAGGUCGAGAAUCUAAUGACGUCAGUUGAACGAGUUAUUACAUACACCAAGCUUGAAUGUGAGCCUGGAUAUAUGAUAGAACGACGGCCCCCGGAAAACUGGCCAAAUGUAGGAAAUAUCAUAUUCAAAGAAGUAUCCUUGAGAUAUUAUCCGGGAGGACCACAAGUGUUGAAGAAUAUCAAACUCAAUAUCAAAGGAGGAACAAAGAUCGGUGUCGCUGGCCGUACUGGUGCUGGAAAGUCAUCUUUUGUGGCAGCUCUAAUGCGCAUGCCUGAAUCGUGUGAUGAAAUAGUCAUUGAUGGGAUUCCGGUGAAGGAAAUCAACCUCCAGGAAACUCGACGAUGUAUAUCCGUCCUUGGCCAAAGUCCAGUACUGUUUAAUGGAUCACUGAGGAAAAAUCUGGAUCUUGUUGAGCAGUUUACAGAUGCAGAUUUAUGGCAAGUUCUAGAAGAUGUGCAACUGAAAGAAUCAGUGAAAAGUCUUCACGGGCAACUUGAUCACGAACUGUUGGAAAAUGGUGCAAAUAUCAGUGUUGGAGAACGACAGUUGAUUUGUUUGGCCCGUGUGCUGUUGCAACGAAACAAGAUCAUCGUCUUGGAUGAGCCCACUGCAAAUGUAGAUCCAGAAACAGAAAAAACAAUCUUGGGCGUAGUGCGUGAAAAACUGAGAGACUCUACGGUCAUCACUAUAGCUCAUCGAUUGAACACCAUCAAAGAUUGUGAUAAAAUUUUACUUUUGAAACAUGGAACGGUAGCAGAGUUCGACAAAUUUGACACUUUGGUGAACACAGAAGAAAACUUUGUUUCAAGGGAUUUUAGUGAGUAUGCGUGGAGUUUAAGGACGCCAGACAGAAGACUGGACUACUCUGGCAUCAAAUACACAGACCAAUCCGUUCAGGUCGACGAGGUUGAAGAGGCAUUAAAGCAAGAAUUGGAAGGGCCGGGAAAACUUUUCGGCUACCGAGCGUUGCACAAAAAACUUAGACAGGUCCACGAGCUUAACGUCCCGCGGGAUCUUGUAUAUGUCGUAAUGUACAAUGUAGAUCCAGAUGCUCUCGCCGAAAGGGCUCCCCAGGUCAAAAAGGCAACUUUCACAGACUUGAAUAUCCAGCAACAUCACCUCUCUCUCUGA